UGGUUUCCGGUUUCAGUCUGUCACGUUGUUUACAUCGGAUUGACCAUGAGUUUGACGCCUCCUUAGCAUCUGAAAUCACAGUUAUUUUACUUUAUAAUGACAUAACAACUGCGAAGACUAAACAGGAACUUUGAUCAACACCAUCAAAUUAGACGAUAGCUUUUUAAAAUUCGAUCAGUUUUUAAGUAGAGCUACUGUUAUGGCUAGUGCUAAAGCUAACAUAGACCAGAAAGUGCUGCAGUACGAAAGCUUCAUAAACGAAGUACUCCGGAGGGAUUUGCAGAAGGUUUUGGAGCAGCGGGACUCAGUUUAUGAGAAGAUUUCACAAUACCUGCAGCUCAAGAACACGCUUCAUAGUCUCCGGGAGGAGGGAUCGAAGCAUCUCAAGACUGACGUCGAUCUAGGCUGUAACUUCUACGUUGAAGCCCACGUCGAGGAUGCAUCCAGGGUCUUUGUGGCUGUGGGAUAUGGCUUUUUUGUGGAGAUGACCCACGAUGAGGCUCUGAGGUUUAUUGAGAAGAAGACUGCUCAGCUCACACAAUUCACCGAACAGCUCACCAAGGACUCUGCCAAAAUCAAAGCUCACAUACGUUUGGUUUUAGAGGGCCUGAGAGAGCUGCAGGGCUUCACUGAUUUGCCUGAGUCCCAAACCAGAGACCUCUUCUGAGAUGAACUGUCCAUAAUGACACACCUCUAUUUAAAGGUGCACUAUGUAACUUUUCUGGCACAGGGUCAGCCAUUUGCUUGUCUCCAAAUAAAAAGAAAUUUAAGUGUCAAUUCUCAAAAUGAUCACCUCGCCCUGGUGCCAUCCUUGAGCCACCCCAAUGAAAUAAGUCUGAAAAAUCUCCUAUUGGAAAAAACAGAACUAAUGAUGUGGCUCUUGUGCCUCUGUUUUAUAUGUCUUAUGUUGUAAAUACAUUUUGAGUAUGUUAAAUAAAAAAAAUCCCCAUUAUUUAAA